CAAGGAAUUGAUCUUGUUUUGCAGGCACUACUACGUAGGAAAUAAAGGGAAGGAGCAAGGAAUUGAUUUUGUUGUGUGCAAUACAACACAUAGAUUAAAAGCUUAUAAUGAAGUAUUUUCUAGCUCUGGUUUUGUUGUACAUCAAUUACGCUGAUGGAUUUGGAGUAGAAUGCUAUAGCUGUGGAAUGACUUCAGCACUUGGCCUUUGUUCUACAAAAACUACCUGCAACCUCAUAGAGGUGUGCUAUACAGCAAAAAGUGGUCCUAUAGUAACCAGCAAAGGAUGCUUGGCACCAACUAGUUGUGAGCAGUCUGCACAGGAAACUGUUAUGGGAGUCCCAUAUGAUGUUGUAAGGCACUGCUGCCUAGGAAAUCUCUGCAAUAGUGGAGUUACCAUCCGGAUGUCUCUUCUGACUGGCUUAGCUAUGUUGCUUGCAUGGGUGCUCCAUCUUUGAAAGUAUUCAUAAUGGAUCCGUGGCAAGAAUGACAUGUUUUAAGCAAUUGUGUGGAGUUAACAGAAUACUGCAAUUGUGUGGAGUUAACAGAAUACUGUCACUUUUUGAUCUUAUUAAAGGUUUUUUAUCACUUAA